AUGGCCCAUAAAGCUUCGAUAGAUUCGACAAGCUCCGACGCAACAAUGGAAGACCUAGCUGCCUGCUUCGAUCUGUACGACAAGGACAAGAACGGCUACCUGGAUAGGAAAGAGAUCACGAUUGUGGUCAAGGAGUUUCUCAAGGCUGACCAGUCAAAGAAAAAGUUGUCAAAGUCUGAAAUCGACAAGGAAGUUAAGAUGUUCAUAAACAUGCUAGACACGAACAACGACAACAAGAUUAGCAAACAGGAAUUCAUGGACUUCUUUGCGAAGCACAUGAAACAGGAAAAAGAGAGACACAGUGAAUGA